AUGAUGCAUCUCUCUCGUCUAUCAACUGUCUUUGUCAGCUUAACGGCAGCGUCUGCCUACAGCUUCGAAGCCUCCAACUACCAUGCAAACAACAUCAUUAAACGUGAUGUUUGUGUCAUUGGGGGCGGUGCCGCUGGAGCAUAUGCAGCGGUCCGACUCGGUGACUUGGGCCAGAGCGUGGUUCUUGUGGAGAAAAAAGAUGCGCUGGGGGGUCAGACUGAGGCAUAUACCGUACCUUCCACCGGGGAGAUCAUUGACUACGGAGUUGAGAACUUCCAAAACACCACGCUUCUUCGCAACUUCUUUAGCCGCUUCAAUGUAAACCUGGUACCAUACCUCGCCACCGCGACAAGCACGCAAUAUGCCGACUUUUCUACGGGUACCGUCUACCAAAACUUCUCUCUGCCCAAGCCCGACUUCACCGAAUAUAUGACCCAGCUCGAGAAAUAUCCCUAUCUGGCCGAUUCCUGGAAUCUGCCUAACCCCGUACCCGAAGAUCUGCUACUUCCAUUUGGUGAAUUCAUCACCAAGUAUUCGCUGGAAAACAUUGGCUACCUUCUGGGCAUGUGGGGAGCCGGCAACGGCGAUAUCCUGAAGCAGACCACCGUCUACAUGUUGAAGUCUCUCGAUAAAGCUUACAUGGAAGGCUUUCAAGGGAGCAACGUCAUGGCUCAUGAAAAUCACGCCGUCUAUGCUGCGAUGCAAGCUCAUCUUGGGUCUAAUGUCCUCUUGUCUUCAACGGUCGUUGCGGCGAGCCGACCCGCAAACGGCUCGAGUGCAAAAUUGGUGGUACGCACACCCUCAGGAAAUAAGCUCAUUGUGGCCAAGAAACUCCUCGUGGCAAUGCCGCAGACGCCGAAAAAUAUGAAUCCUCUGAGCCUGGAUGUCACCGAAAAGGCUGUGUUCGACCAGUUCGGCUACAAUGCUAUGUACGUGGGCCUAGUGAAAGGCACCGGAAUUGGAGCAUUCGUCGACACGCUGGGGAUUGAUAUCAGCAACUCCUACGACUUGCCCACCCUUGGAGGUCUCAUGUACCUGCAGUCAACAACCUCGGAGGGCGUCUACAGGAUCUGGUACAACGCAGAGACUGACGUCUCUGAGGAUGUAGUGAAAGCGGAAUCGCUGGCUGCUAUCAAGCGUUUGACAGGCAAGACGGCCGAAUUUCUCGUUUUUGGGAGUCACACUCCAUAUCAGCUAUCGGUUGCUGCCAGUGCAAUUGAAAAUGGCUUCUACAACAGCCUCAAUGCGCUUCAGGGACAUAGAAACACCUGGUACUCCGGUGCGGCAUUCUUGGCUCAUCACACAGCCUCGUUGUGGAAUUAUACCGAAGUUCUAUUGCCCAAGAUGAUCGCUGCAUAA